CUUGCAGCGCUUGCAAGGACAUGCAAAAUCUUUCACGAGCCUGCGAUGGAUUUGCUGUGGACUGAAAUCCAUGGGUUAGAACCACUGCUAGGCUGUGUAGCGAGGUUACAUCCACUGAUAUAUCGUAUGGGUACAAGGGCGGAAGGCGUCGAGCCAUUAUCUGCCCAUGAGGCCCGUCAAUUUCUGCGUCACUCCUCCCGUAUACUCACAUUGAACAUAUCGGAAAGGACCCAUCUCCAACUUAUCUCUGUCAUUCCCGCCAAUGUAUACGUAUUUCCGAGGCUGAGGUCGUUAAGUCUUCCCACCCCAUUUUUGAAUCUCUUUCUGCCUCUCACGUUGCACCAACGUCUAUUGAACAUCGACAAGGGUCAGCGAAUUUUUGUGACACCUUGCAGUGCUUUGGAGCAUUUGGACAUUCACCCUGACGGCUAUUAUGACAUCGCAAGUCGGCUGUCCCUGCUAUCCGAUAGGAUUCGUCGGUGCACACGGCUUGUAACCCUGUCUUGUCCAAUGCUCAACUGGGAAACAUGGAAGCACCUCUCCUGCCUCCCUACUCUUCUCGAAUUGGAAAUCGAUCAAGCGUAUGAUGACACUCCUUCACUAUCAAAACGAGAUAUCGUGAAUUUAUCAUUCCUUAACAUCACGAGCCUUUCAUUUCGAGUGGCCGAUGGUGCAGAGAUCAUCACAGUCAUACAACACUCACAAUUUCCUUCACUAAAAAAGUUCAAGUUUGCAGCCCACUUUCUGUAUUCAGAAGAGGCCGAGCAACUCUUUCAUGCUCUGUCCUGCUGCAAAGCGUGUCAGACUCUAGAAGAAAUCAAGAUUUGUUCUCCUGAUGAAGACAACCUUGUACCAGACAGCGAGCCUGUGACCCCAGUUCCACAUUUGCUUUGCUUUACACAACUUCGAACCCUGCAGCUCUGGUUCUAUAAUCCCUGCAUCUACCUGGACAAUGACAUUCUCUCCCAAGCUAUGUCUAGUUGGCCGCACAUCCGCACUCUGGACAUCAACUACUUAGACGACCAUCAUUCUCCUUCCGGAGUCUCCCUCCAUGGAUUAUUCGCAGCGCUCAGUCUAUGUCCACAAUUGCAUACACUACGGAUUCCAAUCAAUCUUGCAACUAUCAACGUUGAUCCUCAUGCUGAGCCAAUACAACAUACCUCCCUACGAUCAUUGGAACUUUUGGAUAUAUCCCAGUCUCAAAUAGCAGAUGCUGAAGCUCUCGCUCGCAUCAUUUCCGCCUGGCUCCCUUGUGUCGACAAAGUUGAAAGCAUUGGUAGCACUUGGGAUGAAGUCAACAAGCAUCUCAAAUCUUCGACAGUGGCUACUGCGCUGUACAUCGCGGGAGCCUCCUAG